AUGUUCAAACCUCCCUUCACGUCCACUCAGUCUCUUCUUCGGGAUGAAGCGACCGGCUAUGUGCCAGGAUUCCCCCGCAUCCCUAGUCACGAUAAGACUCUGAUUAGGAAAUUUCUCACAUCAGAGCUCUGUUCAGACGAUUUAGACCGCGUUGCAGGCAAGCUUUGGUGGAUGUCGAAACAAGACAGCGCGAACAUAUCACCGCUACACCGUCAGUUAGUCAAGCGACGCUCUAUCAUCGUGACGGAGGAUCCAAAACUGCAUCUCGUGUGGAUUAACGACCGUAUCUUCAUCAAGCCUCUCCCCCGCUUUAUCGUCUCAUAUUAUUUCUGGGAAGAACACCUCUGCAGUGCAGAUAAUUUCGAAGAUGCGCGCAUCAGAAUGGCCGCGCUGGGCUACCUGCGCACGUACUACCAUUUAAUCAAGCACGAGUCAGAUUUUCGCAUCGCCAAGGAUCUCAAUUUGUGUCUUGUGCCGGAGAACGUUACUUGGGAGCAAUUCUGCAACUUCACGUCCAAACUGAACGACAUCCCCGAUGGAGACGUUUCUCCUCGCUAUGCUUACGGUCAAAUCCGCCUUACGCGUCUCAACUUCUACGCCCCGCUUGUCCUCAAUAAAUCACAUUUUCAAAGGGUCGAAUCGCAAUACGGCGAAUAUUUUGCGCGCUUUUACGCACCAAUUCUGUUCGCAAUUGGAGUCACGUCUGUGUCCUUGAGUGGCCUGCAGGUCGUGGCGUCGCUUGAAACAGAUGUCGGCGCUAACUGGAGAGGCUUGGCGGUUGGGAUCAGCGUCAUGGCGAUCCUGGUUUCAUUUGGGCUUCUUUUCGGGUUUGGAAUUUUGCUGUCGUAUAAGAUUGCCAAGGAAUGGAAGUUUGCUAUCAAGGAACGGCGUCGCCUUACCAAGACGGAGCGAGUUGCCGUUUGA